UAGUGUGAACAUAACUUUUAUAUGCAUUGGAAAACAAAAAAAUCAUGACUCACUUUAUUGUGAUAUUUACUUUACUGCAUUGGUCUGGAACUGAACCUCCAAUAUCUCUGAGAUAUGCCUGUACACACACACAUACAUACAUAGAUUUAGAUCUACAUCUUUAUAUAAACAGUUUAAUCACUCUGUCAGCUGAGAUGGUCUAGAAGCAAUAAAACCCCAGUAACAAUGACCACGUCUAGUGCUUAGAUUUUGGUUUCUAAUACCAUUCUCCAAUAAGAGAAGUCAGGGCUUCUUGGAAAAGUGGCUGCUUCUUGCAGUGGGGCAGGAAAUAUAUAGAAUGAGUCUGGAACAUCUAUAGUGGCAAACAUUUUUUUUUAAAGAACAUAAUAAUAGGAGUACAUCAAAAAGACAAAAGACCUACUAAAAGAUCUUGCAAUGACCAAAGCUAUAACAGUUUGAGCAACAAAAUUUUUAAAAAAUAAUAUUAGGUUAAAACCCAAAGUGUAAAGUAGAUAUCCAUGAAUCCAUACUGAUAUAGACAAAUGAUUGAUGUUGACCUUGGAGGAAAAUAGGCCAAUAUCCCAUGUAGAAGAAUUCCAAUUAAUUUGUUUAGAUACCCUACCCUCAGCCAAGUGGGGCAUAACUCCCUACUCCCUAAAUUGAGCUACUUAUAGUGACUUUUCUUCAGCAUAUGGUAUGGAAAGGAUAACACUACAGUGGCACAACCUGACAAACUACCUAGGUGAGCACGGUCAACAUGAGCAAUGGUAAGUCAUGUUGAUAGUAUGUACCCUUGGUGUGGUCUGAUAUAAGUGGCACAUUACCUGUGUGGUUUCCCCUCCUUAAACACAUUAUCCCAGUCGAAUCAUGAGAAAUCAAAUCACAAUUCUAUAGAAUAUUUUACAAGUGAUCCUCAAAACUAUAAAGAUCAUUAUAGUAGGUUGAAUGGUGAUAACCCUCAAAAGGUACAUCCAUGUCCUAAUCUCCAGAACCUGUGAAUGUGACUUUAUUUGGAAAAAGAGUCUUUGCAGAUGUACUUAAGGUAAGAAUCUCGAGAUGAUAUUAUCUCAGAUUUUCUGGAUGGAUUAUAAAUCAAAUGAUGUGUCCUUAUAAAACAUGAAAGAAAAGGCACAGAUACAGAGAAGACAGAGGCAGAAAUUGAAAUUGAUUUAGCCACAAACCAAGGGAUGCCUUUAAGCCACCAGAAGGUAAAAGAGGCAUGGAAUGAUUUUUCCUGAGGGCCUUCAGAGAGGGUGGUCCUGCUGAGACCUUGAUUUCAGGCUUAUGGCCUAUAAAACUGUAAGAGAAUAAAUUUCUCUCUUUUUUUUAAGACAUCAGGUUUGUGUAAUUUGUUACAGAAGUCACAGGAAACUAAUACAGUCAACAAAGACAAGAAAAAUUUAAGAAGCUGUCACAACCAAGAGUAACCUAAAGAGACGUAGCUACUAAAUGUCAUAUGAUGUCCUGGAUGGGAUCCUGACACAGAAAAUGGACAUUGGAGGAAAACUGAGGAUAUCUGAAUAAAUGAUCGAAGUACCUGGACUGCAGUAGGUGCAAUAAAUAUUUGCUGAGAAAUGAAUGUUGAGUAAUCCAAAAAGAUUGGGAAAAGAUUGGCAUUAAUUUCUCGAGAAAGAAGGAAAAGAAUAUUUGAGGUCCAUUUCUAAGGAAAGAAAAGGAAGAAAUGACAGAAUGCCUAGAGUUGAAACCAGUUAAACUGGUAAACAUUGCUAUCUUCAGAAAAUAAGUUAAGGAAUGAGAGGCAAGGAAGAAAGGACAUUCAUCUUGGAAGGACCUAAAGCACUUUGAAAUUUAAAAGAAUGUAAUGACAGCUGCUAAAACCACCUUUGUCACCGAAAUGGAUGAAGUACUUCAAAUUUAAAUGAUUGAUCACACUUACAAAAGCUGCUAUGAAACAGAGGGGAGGUGAAAACUAACAGAUGAAAAUUUUGCCAUGCACUGAAAGGAAAGCAUUGUCUGUGAAGUUCUGUAUUUAAAAAUGUCUGCUUGUAACACCUUUACUGAACACGUUUGGAAACCUGGUGAAUGCAAGAACUGCUUUAAACCUAAAAGCUUACACCAGCUCCCCCCAGACCCUGAAAAGGCACCCAUCACCCAUGGCAAUAAAACUAAUGCCAACCAUAGUAACAACCACCGAAUCAGGAACACCGGAAAUUUCCGGCCUCCUGUGGCUAAAAAGCCAACUAUAGCUGUGAAGCCCACUAUGAUGGUGGCAGAUGGGCAAAGUGUGUGUGGAGAGCUUAGUAUCCAAGAAAACUGUGAGAACAAACCUGUCAUCAUAGGAUGGAAUCGAAACAGAACGGCCUUGAAUAAGAAACCACUUAACAAUAAUAAUGAAGAUGAUAUUGAAGGAUUUAGCCAUGUUCCUAAGCCUUAUGACAAUAAUGAUAGUGCAAAGAAGGUAUCAAAUAACAAUAAUGGACUAACUGAAGUGUUGAAGGAGAUAGCAGGCUUAGAUACCACCCCUCAGGUAAAAGGAAAUGAAACAAACUCCAGAGAAACCUUCUUAGGAAGAAUAAAUGAUUGCUAUAAGCGAUCACUGGAAAGAAAGCUUCCGCCAAGUUGCAUGAUGGGCGGGAUAAGGGAUACUCAGGGCAAGCAUGUUAUUCUGAGUGGAAGCACAGAAGUGAUCAGUAAUGAAGGAGGCCGAUUCUGUUACCCAGAGUUUUCUAGUGGCGAAGAGAGUGAGGAAGAUGCGCUUUUCAGUAACAUGGAGGAGGAGCAUGAGAGCUGGGAUGAGAGUGAUGAAGAGCUGCUGGCCAUGGAGAUUCGUAUGAGAGGGCAACCUCGCUUUGCCAACUUUAGGGCAAACACUUUGUCUCCUGUUCGAUUCUUUGUGGACAAAAAAUGGAAUACUGUCCCCCUGCGAAAUAAAUCUCUUCAGAGAAUCUGUGCUGUCGACUAUGAUGACAGUUAUGAUGAAAUCCUGAAUGGUUAUGAAGAGAAUUCUGUGGUCUCCUAUGGACCAGGAAGCAUUCAGAGCAUGGUGUCAUCUGACUCCACAUCCCCAGAUUCCUCUUUAACAGAAGAAUCACGGUCCGAGACAGCCAGUAGUUUAUCCCAGAAGGUUUGUAAUGGGGGACUAUCUCCCGGUAACCUGGGGGAUUCUAAGGACAUGAAGGAAAGUGAGCCCAAUUGUGAAAGCCCCAGUGGUAAUAAUCAGGAGAAGACCUCAGCACAAGCAUCCAAAAGCUCAGUAAAAGUUCCAGAGACACACAAAGCGGUCCUUGCUCUCCGAUUAGAAGAGAAAGAUGGCAAGAUUGCCGUUCAGACUGAGAAGCAAGAAAGUAAAGCCUCUACAGAUAUUGCUGGGCAAGCAGUAACUAUAAACCUCGUUCCUGUAGAAGAGCAAGCAAAGCCAUACCGAGUAGUGAAUCUGGAGCAGCCAUUGUGCAAGCCUUACACUGUCGUGGAUGUGUCAGCAGCCAUGGCCAGUGAGCACCUCGAGGGCCCCGUUACCAGCCCCAAAACGAAGAGCUCAUCUUCUACUCCUAACUCUCCAGUGACAUCCCCUGCAUUGACAUCAGGACAAGUAAGUGCCCAUUUCCAAAAAUCCAGUGCAAUCCGCUACCAGGAAGUCUGGACUUCCAGUACCAGUCCACGACAGAAGAUACCUAAAGUAGAAUUAAUUAGCGGUGGGGCCGGACCAAAUGUCCCUCCAAGGAAAAACUGUCACAAAUCGGCACCUACUUCACCCACGGCUACAAACAUUUCCUCCAAAACUAUCCCUGUUAAGUCACCUAAUUUGUCUGAAAUAAAAUUUAAUAGUUAUAACAAUGCUGGUAUGCCACCUUUUCCAAUUAUCAUUCAUGAUGAGCCAACUUAUGCUCGGAGCUCCAAAAAUGCUAUCAAAGUUCCCAUUGUCAUCAAUCCAAAUGCAUAUGACAAUCUAGCCAUUUACAAAAGUUUUCUCGGAACAAGUGGAGAACUUUCAGUGAAGGAAAAAACCACAAGUGUAAUAAGCCAUACUUAUGAAGAAAUAGAAACUGAAAGCAAAGUGUCUGAUAACACCACUAACAAACCCACUGAAUGUCCCCAAGCUAAAGGGUUUUCAAACAGCACAGAGCGUAAAAGGGGCUCAGUGGCUCAGAAGGUUCAGGAGUUUAACAGCUGUCUUAACAGAGGUCAGUCUUCACCGCAGAGAAGCUAUAGUUCCAGCCACAGCUCCCCAACAAAGCCCCAGAGAACCACUCAAGAACCUGUGGCCAAAACAGAAAGCACUCAGGAGUCUCAGGUCGUGAGCAACAGCAGCAGCACCAGGGAGAAAGCGAGCACAGUGCUUUCUCAGAUUGUAGCUUCUAUCCAACCCCCACAGUCUCCUCCAGAAAUGCCCCAGUCUGGCCCUAAAGCUUGCAGCGUGGAAGAGCUUUAUGCAGUUCCUCCCGAUGCCAGUGUUGCUAAGAGCACACCUAAGAGCACACCGGCCCGGCCCAAAUCUCUCUUCACAUCCCAGCCCAGUAGUGAGACUGAAGCAGCACCUCAGACCACAGAAAGUCCUACCACCAAAGUACAGAAAGAUCCACUCAUGAAGCCAGUCACCACUCCCCCCUCCAAAUUAGUGACUAACCCCCCAAAUGAGCCACCACCUCCCUUUCCCCCACCACGCUCUACAUCCUCCCCUUACCACGCAAGUAACCUUUUGCAGAGGCAUUUCACCAACUGGACCAAGCCAACCAGCCCUACCAGGUCCACAGAAGCUGAAUCAGUUCUGCACUCAGAAGGCAGCAGACGGGCAGCUGAUACAAAACCUAAACGCUGGAUAUCAUUUAAAAGUUUCUUCCGCCGUCGGAAAACAGAUGAGGAAGAAGACAAAGAGAAAGACCGAGAGAAAGGGAAGCUGGUGGGCCUGGAUGGCACGGUCAUCCACAUGCUGCCCCCUCCUCCAGUUCAGCGCCACCACUGGUUCACAGAAGCAAAGGGGGAAUCCAACGAGAAGCCAGCCAUUGUCUUCAUGUACAGGUGUGAGCCUGCCCAAGGCCAGCUCAGUGUGGAUCAGGGCAAAGCCAGGGCAGAGCAGUCAGCAGUCACAGAGAGGAGUGGAAUGGAGGAUGGGUUACUACAGGACUCAGAGAAGAAGAAAAGAAGUCACUCUUCUCCAUCACAGAUACCUAAGAAAAUUCUCAGUCAUGUGACCCACGAAGUGACGGAGGAUUUUUCUCCUCGGGAUCCAAGAACUGUUGUUGUGAAGCAAGAUGGUGGGGGCUGCACAUCAGUCACAACAGCAUUGCCCCUACCUGAACUGGAAAGGGAAGAGGAAAAAGAAGACAUUUCAGAUCCUAUGGACCUGAAUCCCUGUAGUGCAACAUAUAGCAACUUAGGGCAGUCUAGAGCAGCCAUGAUACCUCCCAAGCAUCCACGGCAACCUAAGGGAGCUUUGGAUGAUGCCAUUGCCUUCGGUGGGAAAACAGACCAAGAAGCACCUAAUGCUUCUCAACCUACACCACCCCCACUGCCAAAGAAAAUGAUCAUAAGAGCCAAUACAGAGCCAAUCUCCAAAGAACUCCAGAAAUCCCUGGAAACUACUCUUUGUGUCAUGGCUAAUCCUACCUAUGAUAUUGACCCCAACUGGGAUGCCAGUAGCGCUGGCUCUUCAAUCAGUUAUGAACUCAAGGGACUGGAUAUUGAGUCUUAUGACUCCUUGGAGAGACCUUUGCACAAGGAGAGACCUGUGCCCUCUGCAGCAAACAGCAUCUCCAGCUUAACCACUCUCAGUAUUAAGGACAGAUUUUCCAAUAGCACAGAGUCCCUGUCCAGCCGGCGUGGUCCCUCUUGCAGGCAGGGCAGAGGCAUCCAGAAGCCACAGAGACAAGCACUUUAUCGAGGACUUGAGAAUCGUGAAGAAGUGGUGGGUAAAAUCCGAAGCCUUCAUGCAGAUGCCUUGAAAAAACUGGCUAUUAAAUGUGAAGACCUCUUCAUGGCUGGGCAGAAAGAUCAGCUCCGUUUUGGGGUGGACAGCUGGUCAGACUUCAGGCUAACCAGUGACAAGCCUUGUUGUGAGGCAGGUGAUGCCGUUUACUACACAGCUUCAUAUGCAAAAGAUCCACUUAAUAACUAUGCAGUCAAGAUCUGUAAGAGCAAAGCUAAAGAAUCACAGCAGUAUUAUCACAGCUUGGCUGUCCGGCAGAGUCUGGCUGUCCAUUUUAACAUCCAGCAGGACUGUGGUCACUUCCUGGCUGAAGUUCCCAAACGUCUGCUUCCCUGGGAGGAUCCUGAUGCCCCAGGGGAGGAAGAGGAGGAAAUGGAAGCGGCAGAAGAGGUGAAAGGAGAAACUGAUGGGGAAAACCCAGAGCCCAGCUCUGAAGCAGAGUCAUCCCACAAAGAAAGCCAGGCGGUCAUUAGCAGGAAGCAGAGAAGCCACGUUGUGGUCAUCACCAGAGAGGUUCCCUGUCUCACCGUGGCCGACUUUGUGCGAGACUCUCUGGCACAGCAUGGGAAGAGCCCUGACACAUAUGAGAGACAAGUGUGUCUGCUGCUCUUACAACUGUGCUCCGGCCUGGAGCACCUCAAACCCUACCAUGUCACUCACUGCGAUCUACGUCUGGAGAACCUGCUGCUUGUCCACUACCAACCCGGGGGCACCAGCCAGGGCCCUGGGCCUGUGGAGCCCGGGCCCACCUCAUCCUGUCCCACGAGGCUCAUAGUAAGCAACUUCUCUCAAGCCAAGCAGAAGAGCCAUCUGGUGGACCCCGAGAUCCUCCGGGACCAGUCCCGCCUCGCCCCAGAGAUCAUCACAGCCACCCAGUAUAAAAAGUGUGACGAGUUCCAGACAGGCAUCCUCAUCUAUGAGAUGCUGCACCUGCCCAAUCCCUUCGAUGAGAACCCAGAGCUGAAGGAGAAGGAAUACACUCGAGCAGACCUGCCUCGCAUCCCACUCCGCUCCCCCUAUUCCCGGGGCCUGCAGCAGCUGGCCAGCUGCCUCCUGAACCCCAACCCUUCUGAGCGGAUCCUCAUUUCAGAUGCCAAGGGCAUCCUGCAGUGUCUGCUCUGGGGCCCCCGGGAGGAUCUCUUCCAGACUUUCACUGCCUCCCCCAGCCCAGUGCAGAGGAACGCCCUGCUCCAAAACUGGCUAGACAUCAAGCGAACACUGCUCAUGAUCAAGUUUGCUGAGAAGUCCCUGGACAGGGAGGGGGGCGUCAGCCUUGAGGACUGGCUUUGUGCUCAGUAUUUGGCUUUUGCUACUCCAGACUCCCUCAGCUGUAUUGUGAAAAUCCUGCAGCCCCGUUAACAUAUCCCAGUUACUGCUUUUACUUCAUUGUCACCUUCUUCGUCGCCUACACACUCCCCCUUCUUGGUACUCACACAGAAUUCAAAGCAAGAAGAAAGACAAGCCUUCCACCCCCAUCUGUGAACAAUUGAGUCCAUUCAGAAAGGGAAUCCUCAGCUCCAAUCCAAUGAGACGCCGAGUCCAUCUUUACUUUGUGGAAAGUCAACUGCACCCAUGAGCAGCUGCCUUGCAUUGGCGUACCUUCCGCCCUAACUGUCCCAAAAUGCAGGGAAAAAAUGAAGACACAUCCUUGAAGGGACAGCUCCUUUAGUAUGAACUCAGUGAGCUGGAUCCGGUUCCUCCAUACUUUUGAAUAUCACCUGUCUUUUUAACACCGUGUGUUUAUUCUCACUAGCAAUAGACAGAUUUAACCAGUUCUUAUUAUCAUCCACUAAGCUCUCAUGACAGACCUUCUUCCUUUAAAGGAUCAGUAACUGACUCUCUUACCAGACAGAACUGCCAUCCUUAGGAUCAGCCCAGUUUGGGUUCCGGGGACUAUACCCUUUGUUCAGCAGACGAGUAGAAAGACAAGGAGGGAUCCCAUCCCUUGGGUCACAAGCCCAUUUUCAUUUCUGUCAUCCAUAAGUGUGUGCACUGCAUGGAGGAUGGCCCUAAAAGUCUCCCCUCUGCUGCCACUGCCUGAUUCCCCUUCACCUCUACUCUGUCCGUACUUGCCAUGAAGUUUGGGUUUAUUGGCCACUUGUGGCCCAUUACAGAGCUGACCCAAGGUGGUAUCACCAGUGCCUCAUCAGAGUGGAGUGCAGCUCAAAUCUUAUAAAUAGCUGGCAGGACAAAAGGAGAUGAUUUUCCUGCAUGUGCAAUUCUCUAGGGGCUAUCGGGGAACAGAGUUGAAAGUACCGUUCUUUGGUUACUGUCAGAGCUGUCAGCAUCGGCAGCCUGGGCUGGCGGUGCCCAGAUCACAGUUUCCCCCUAAGCAGUAAUUGGCCAGUUUCCAUCUAUCAGUAGCCGGUGUUAACUCGUCUACCAAAUACUGUAGACCACAGCCCUGAAUGAAAAGGCUGUCAGUUGAGCCCUAAUAUCUCCUUAGAGGGCAUGACACGGCUGACUGUUAGGAUGGCCAGAAGGCAAGGGAGCGGGGAGGAGGCCACUGAUCAGACUGCUGACCUCCUCCUCAGAGUGCUGACCUUUCCUAGAGAGACUGCCUUGCCGUUGCACGGGCACAUUGGUCCUGAUGACUCUGAAAUGGCUCUGGAGGACAGCUCACAGGGAGUUUUGAUUGCCAAGGUGGGUGGCUGAGAGCUGUUCACUGUACGUGGGGUCUGUGCUCCUCUCGUAUGGAUAUAUGUGCAAUUUUUGUAUGUAUUUUUUAGCUGUAUAUACAAUGUUUAUGUUGCAACUUCACCUGAAGCAAUAUCCACAGAAACCCUCCCCUUCUUCCCUUGGCACAUAUUUGCGCUGGGAGACGAGAGUGUUCCUUCCACCGAAUGUGUGUGUGUGUGUGUGUGUGUUUGUGAGAGAGAGAGAGAGAGAGAGUGAUUCAAAACUGUGAGUAUCUGUUUACUUCAACCUUGAAAUCCCAAGAGUCACUCGGACAGUGUGAGUGUGUGUACACGUGUGUGCCCGUGUGUGCACACACAUGCUGGAAGUGAGGCCAGGCCUCUGGGGGAGCAACCUGUGGCAGGGUUGAUAGACACGGUCUAUCUCUGCACCUCAAUGGUGAGAUAGCCCUGGGCCCCUCAUCUACUGGUGUAGAGUUUAUUAAAGCCAAGACUGGUUGUGCAGUAUUACUUAGAUAGCACGUUAGUGGCCUUUUGGAAGUUUCUAAAUGUUUAACAUUAACAGCCUUUCAUGUGAUUCACCUAUAUCAAAGAGGAUCAGGAAAGGAGAAUGUAUUUUAUUGUGCUCUUCUUUGUUUCUUUUUUUAUUUUUUUCAAGAGAAUGGAACAUACGAGGCUCCAUGUGGAGGAUGUCCCUGUCCUCCAGGCCAGCAGUACAGGACUUCCAGGGAAGAGAGCCGAUUGGCCCACAAAGAGUUUUGCCUCCUCUCGCCUGGGUGCAAGGCUCUGCCCCUAGGAAUGGCCACAGGGUGGGCGUGCCGCUGCAGGCCAGCAGUCCACUCUCUCUCGGUGUCCUGUGACAUGGCUGCACCUUGCCUCUUGGUUCACCUUAGCAUAGCCCAUGUGCACAUAACUCCCUGCCUAAUUAUACACUGAAGUGGCAGCACAUAGACCACUGACCCUGUCAUCCAGCACGUUCCCUUAGCAGUCCCCCACCCCCCGACCCGCCUCCAUGGUUUGCAUAUUGAGACACUUUCUCAAUGUCACUCUUGUGGUGCCUUCCCAUGUAAAUUUGAAUGUUGACUAUUUAAUGAGGUUUCAUAUUUAAUGAAGAAUGUUUCCCAGUCCCUCUAUUUGUUCUCUUGGUAUCUUCUUCCCCCUACCCCCACCCCUUUUUUUCCUGUGUCUGUUUUGACUUGGAUCCAGCCUUCUUCAUUUUAACUCUAUGGUAUUAUAAGCAUGGACACCCUCCUCAACCAUGAUCUUAUAGCACUGGCAAACCAAGCACCUCUUCACAUCAGACGUGCUUAGUACUGUUUUUAUAUUCAGAUUUGUUAAGGGCAACAAGUGAAUGCCAGCUAGUGAGACGAAGAACACAGCCUUCCCCGGGACAAGUGGCUGGAUUAAUAGUUCUCUGAGGGAGGCCAAGGAAGGUAAAGCGGGGAGGGAAGAAGAUGUUACAGGUUAGAGCAGAAUAGACAAGGUAACCAUUUUUCUAGGCAAGAAGUAUUACAUCAGAUGGUCCUCAGAAUAUUUUUCCAAAAUAAUGAAAUUCAGUCUAAUAUUAUCACAAACAUUUUACGUUUCUAUUUUAAUUAUAGUGGAACUUUGAAUUUACUCAUCAACUGGAAAGAAAUCCUACCCUCAGACACAGACAUACAUAGCAUAUUUAUGUACAAAUAUGUAUGUGUAUAUAUAUAUAUAUGAGGUUUUUGAAUUGUGACUAGCAUAGCACUUUAAAUUUUCUCAAAGAACACCAAGUUAUUGUCUUCAGUACUGAAUGGAUUUUUCUCCUUCACUGACGUCUUUACUAUAGAUUCUUCCAUUUAUAUUGAGAAUUUGAACAAUUAAGCCGCUUUUGGAACUUUUCCUUCAGCCGUAUGAGCAAGAAUAGCCUCUCGUACGCAUUUGGGUACCAGAGAAACAGGACAGUGGCUAGAGUAGCCACCACCAAGUCUGAAUGUAUAGCAGAGUGCCUUGUCAGCAUGAUAACCUCGUGUGGGGAGGAAGAGAAUUAGACGUUCCACAGGGAAGACCAGGGCUGAGAAGUCUCCCUUGCCAGCCUGAGGAAAGCCCCGUUGGUACAUGCACGCUAGCGUGAUGUGCAAAAGCCAGUUCAUCAACAAUAACAACAGGAUGGGGAAAAGAGCAGUUGAAACCUGUGGAAUCAACAACAAAAGACUCCUGCAGGUCCACCAACCCCUAGGCUAAGUUAAAAUCAGAAGCUAAGAAUGUGGCAGUGGGUUUCAAGUUUUGCCCUGAGAAGAUAAACCGGCUGAAGUAUGCGGGGGGGGGGGGGCACAAGCACCCACACUCCCUAACCUGCUGAUGUUAAGAGGGUUUAAAGUAAAACCUGUUUGUUAGGAUUUUGAGACUGUGUAGCCUUUCAUUGUCAGUGGGGGCCAGUUAGGCUUCCACACUCAGAAUAAGUUUGUGAACGUGGAAAAUAUUAAUGAUAUUUCUAGGGUUUGACUGCCUAAAAUUGUAUUUUAAAGCUUUCUAGCAUUGUAAAAUUUGAGUGAAAGCUCUUUGGGGCCUACUAAACAAGUAAGGCAUCAAAGGAUGCACUCGGCUUCCCAAAUUUGAGUUAAGAAUACUUUGGUGCUGGGAAGUAGCCUGACUUGUUUUGCUGAUAAUCUGCAACUAGGAUUGUCCCCUAGAUGUUAACAGCAGGGAUCUGAAAAAAAAAAAAAAAUACAGGCUGGUUCUGGAAAUUGGUGUGGACUUAGGCUACUGCACUUAGGAUACUUGGAGGGAGUGGGGAGAGAAACUUGAUUCUCUGGGCCAGCUCUGACAUGCUUUUAUUCCCCCCACUAGUUGAUAAGGAAUAAAAAUUCUGGUUCAGCCUAAUGAGUGAACAGGAUGACUGCCCACGAAACCGGGUCGUUAGUUUUACCUCAUUGAAGCUCAUAUUCUCAAAGGCCCAAAGUGCUGUGCCGAGACAAAUCCAAGUGCCACCCUUGCUGAAGUGUGCACUGCAGCCCAGCUGUGUGUGCUGACAGCAGCACCAAAAGUGAGGAUUCCAUGGACCAAAAAAGAUGCCACAGGGGCAGCCACAAGAUGUGUAAUGCAAGAUCCUAGAUAGAGAUUAUACCAAAGAAAUCAAGCCUUUUUGUCCUGAUGCUUCUAAGGUGAUGAGGUAGAGUUACGAGAGAUGCCAAGGGAGGAGAAUUCACGUGCAUUCCACAUCCAGGUAUUCAGCUGAUGAAGUACUCCAGUCUCCAAAAAGCACCUGUUUUUUGAAAAAACAAGUCCAUUAUGUGUAUUGGGGGGGGGAAGAUGAUGAUGAAGACGAAGAAGAAGAAAACCUUGGGCAGAUUAUAGAGUUCCCCAGUAUUUAAGGAGGAGGAACUAUUUCCUCCCUCCUUGGUGUGAUUGUGACUGGGCUUCAGCUUGGGAAAUCAUAUCUAUGUCAUUAAGAGCUGAGGAUUUUUUUUUUAAAGAGAUGUGGUAGUUUCAAUAGGUUUAUUUAAAGAACACUUGGGAAAUUUCUUAACAAAUUGUAAUAGUUUUUAUAAAUCUUCCUACCCAGGUGUUUACCACUCAUCAUCACCAUCAUUUAGUAUUUAUAAGUGCCCAGAAUGUACAAGGUGCUAUACAGCUGUUAAACACCCCUCUCUGCAGCUGUGUGAAAUUAGAGUAGGUUUUUGCAUCAGCCACUGCUAGCAACUUUCCCCACCUGGGUGGGCUGCAGGGGCUCGCAUCCUGGACGUCCGUCACAUUUCCCACUCCAGAGAGCCUCCUCGUUGAUCUAGCUUCUCACCUUUACCCAUCCACUCGCCUCCAUGGUUUGGUUUGUUUUUUUUUUUUUUUUUUUUUUUUUUUUAAUCAAGAAAGUUUCAGGGAAUCAAAAGAGGUCGGACAUUUUUUAACCUAGCAGAAGUACAGAGUCAUAUAUUUUGCUACAAAUCUUAUAGUAUGGGAAAUCCACUUUGCCCGUAUAGUGUGUGGAAAGUGUGUGUGUGUCUGUGCUCAUGAUAACUUGAAUGUUGAACCAGCCCUAAUGGCUUCAGGGUAGCAUCUUUGAAAGAUAAACCACACGGCUUCAGGAAACUUUCUCCAAAUACUACUUGGUUAUCCGUUCCCGUAAGUUUUAAAGGGUGUUGAGGGUGAACACACUGGGAUGGGAUAUUCUGUUGAUGACAUGCCGGGCAUUUUGGCGUGAGAUGAGGGCAGAAGCAAGAUGUUGUCCUUCUCAGUGAUUUGACGCGUGGCAGUCCUCAUUCCACUCUCUCUUUCAUUCCCCAUGGUUCUGCCCAUACUCUCUUUUUGAAACUCUUGUUUCUUUUGCUCUUUCCUGGAGCUUCACCUCUCUUCUUACAUAUUUUAGCGUUUUAUAAAUCUACCAAUGAAAGGUCCCCUCUGUCACCAGGUGGCACCACCCUUUGGUUUGCUGUGGUACUUUGCUGUGUUCUCUGUGGCAUCAUGUUACUGUGUAAAUAAAUUCAUUUUCAUAUACACUAAAA